AUGUCAUCAAAGUCAUCAUUUUUAGUUUUAGGAUCUGCUGCAGUCUUCUUUGCUCUUCUUACAUUAAUCUUCUUUGCUCUUCUUACUUUAUCAUGUGCAAUGUCAGAUGGUAACGGUAUGGAGACUGUUUGGAAGACAAAAACUGUCACGGUGAGAAAUGAUAUAGAUCCUAAAGUAGCUUUGAACAUCCAUUGUAGAUCAAGUGAAGAUGAUUUUGGAGAGCAUACACUAUAUUACAACCAAAUUUUCUUAUGGAAAUUUAAGGUUAAUUUUUGGGAGACAACUAAAUAUAAAUGCAAUUUAAGUUGGUAUGAUCCUAAUGUAAAAAAGGACCACAAAAAGGAGUUUUUUGCUUACAAAGCAAGAAGAGAUUGGAUGUACAAUUGCGAACAUGAUUGUAGAUGGAGCUUUCGUCAAGAUGGUGGCUAUUAUGGAGAUGGUUAUCUUACAAAGCAAUUUCCUCCUAAAAAGAUGUUUAAUUAUGAUGAAUGA